CCUAUCUAAAGCCGUACAGUAGGAUAUCACUAUGAGGGCGAUCAAAGGGAUGGUGAACGGAGCCAUGAACGAACUGUCCUCUGUGGUCAGCGGGACUAAAGCGGCGGCGGCCCGGGAGCACGUCCAGGCGGUCAGCCGGGAUUACAUUUCUCAGCCCCGGUUAACUUAUAAAACUGUGUCUGGAGUCAAUGGGCCUCUCGUCAUUUUGGAUCAGGUGAAGUUCCCCAGGUAUGCGGAGAUCGUACACCUGACCCUCCCUGAUGGCACCAGGCGGAGUGGCCAGGUGCUGGAGGUGACCGGGUCCAAAGCCGUGGUGCAGGUUUUUGAGGGAACCUCGGGUAUCGAUGCCAAAAAGACGUCCUGUGAAUUCACGGGGGACAUCUUACGCACACCUGUCUCAGAGGACAUGCUGGGGCGUGUCUUCAAUGGGUCAGGAAAGCCCAUCGACAGAGGGCCCAUGGUGUUGGCCGAGGACUAUCUGGACAUCAUGGGGCAGCCCAUUAACCCUCAGUGCAGGAUCUACCCCGAGGAGAUGAUCCAGACAGGCAUCUCCGCCAUCGACGGCAUGAACAGCAUCGCCAGGGGGCAGAAGAUCCCCAUCUUCUCUGCUGCUGGCCUGCCGCACAAUGAGAUUGCAGCACAGAUCUGCCGGCAGGCUGGGCUGGUAAAGAAGUCCAAAGAUGUGAUGGAUUACAGUGAGGAGAACUUUGCCAUAGUGUUUGCUGCCAUGGGGGUGAACAUGGAAACAGCCCGAUUCUUCAAGUCUGACUUUGAGGAGAAUGGCUCCAUGGACAACGUGUGUCUGUUCCUGAACCUGGCCAACGACCCCACGAUCGAACGCAUCAUCACCCCGCGCCUGGCCCUGACCUCCGCCGAGUUCCUGGCCUAUCAGUGCGAGAAGCACGUGCUGGUGAUCCUGACGGACAUGAGCUCCUACGCCGAGGCCCUGCGAGAGGUGUCUGCGGCGCGAGAGGAGGUGCCAGGCCGACGGGGCUUCCCGGGGUACAUGUACACGGAUUUGGCCACCAUCUACGAGCGGGCGGGGCGCGUGGAGGGGCGUGGUGGCUCCAUCACCCAGAUCCCCAUCCUCACCAUGCCCAAUGACGACAUCACUCACCCCAUCCCGGAUCUGACGGGGUACAUCACAGAGGGGCAGAUCUACGUGGACCGGCAGCUGCACAACAGACAGAUCUACCCCCCCAUCAACGUGCUCCCGUCUCUGUCCCGACUGAUGAAGUCGGCCAUUGGGGAGGGAAUGACCCGCAAGGACCACUCCGACGUGUCCAAUCAGCUGUACGCCUGCUACGCCAUCGGGAAGGAUGUGCAGGCCAUGAAGGCCGUGGUGGGAGAGGAGGCUCUGACCUCCGAUGACCUCCUGUACCUGGAGUUCCUGCAGAAGUUCGAGAAGAACUUCAUUUCCCAGGGCGCCUAUGAGAACCGCAGUGUGUACGACACCCUGGACAUCGGCUGGCAGCUCAUGAGGAUUUUCCCCAAGGAGAUGCUGAAGAGAAUCCCACAGAGCACUUUGGCUGAGUUUUAUCCUCGAGACUCCAAGCAUUAACUCUGCCUCUGCUGUCUGGCCACACCCUCCUCCCCUCUGACCACACCCCUUCCCUAUGGUCACACCCCAUUUGAUUAGUUAUAUACCCAACACUCAAAACAUGAACCCUGCCUCUACUAUAUUUGGCCACACCCCUCUAGUCAAAUUUUAAUUCCUCCUCUCAAUCCUCUGCUGAACUCCGCCUCUGGCUUCAUAAUAACCUUGAUACUCAAUGCAGUGCAGAUUAGCUGAUCUGUAAAGUGUGUGGAUGGGCUGAAAUUAUAGGCUUAGUCACAGGCUGAGCUAACCAGAGCAAACAAAAAUCAGCAAAUCUCCCCUGCAUCAGCGCAUCACUGAUCAAUAAAAAACAAGGCUAACUCCUCCCCCCGCCCCUCCGCCAGAGUCAAACACAAAGGCCACCCAUCUCCACCUGGCCAUACUCCUCUCUUUCUGACGGCGGUGCUCCUGUGAUAUGACUGGUUAAUUAAGCAAGGUUGAUCAUGUUGUAGACGGGUGUGGUGUUUCCCUGACAGAGUGUAAGACAUCCGUGCUCCAGUGUAGGCAUCUGCGUGUUUCCCACAGAAAGGCAGGCAUGUUGGCCCUGCGUUAGACUGUCAGACACUUUUGCAAUCAAACCCAAUGCGUGCCGACACAGACAGACACUCGUGGGUGUUUUUUCUUUGCUGAGAAAAGACAUCACAGGAAGGCUGGAAUGAUCAUUAGCGCUCACUCAUAGGGGAGAGCGAAUAGUGCCAUACUGAUCUGUAACAGUAUUAAAAUACUGUCUCUCUGGAGGCGGUUAAAAGAGAGGAAGGAUGCAGUGUGUUAAAUAUGCGACUGGAGGGGGUACGGGGGG